GGAAACCGACAUCGCACACCGGAUGGUCACAAGGCGGAAAAACCUGUUUGCGUUGUGAGUUUUCACCUGGAUGUGUCGUCAUUUCUCAGUUCCGUGUAACUUGUUUAUUUUACUGUUGGGAAUUAGAGUGUUGACCUUUCAAGUGUGGCGUGAGUUUAAAGGAUUUCUGGUCAAAGCCAGACAAAACACGGAAAGUUAAGGCAGCCUCAAACAGAAGAAACAACAAGAAAAUAAGUUGAAGACAAAAGAAAGAACAAACUGAACAGCACAGGCUGUCGGUGACGCACAGAUCCAAGAAUAUUAGGAUCGGUGACAGAUGACCGGUAACUUCAGCUGCAGCGACAACGUCUGCUCACUGCGUCGCUUCAGUGUGACUCGGGGAUGACCCAAAAGUUAGUCAGCUAAGCAGGUGUCUCAUAGGUCGGUCCCUGAACCCCUCCUCCUCCUCCUCCUCCUCCUCCUCCUCUUCCUCCUCUAGCACGCUUUACCUACUGCGUCGCGCGGCUGAGUGUGCGCACUCACUGCGCAAUGGCCACGGCACCGUUUGUGACUGCAAACGCUCGUGCUCAAAUGGAUUAUGAGACGAAGAUUUUUCCCCACACCGGCGGCUACGGACGCUACAACCGAAUCGUGGUGGUUUUCAGCUGGUUCCCUAACUUUGCGGUCAUGUUGAAUCUAUUUAGCGACGUUUUUUACACCCUAAUCCCGGACUCGUACCACUGCAAGCCCGACCCGCAGCUUCUUCCCUCCGCUUUCCUUCCCAGCAACUUCACCAGACAGGGAUACCUCAACCUCACCAUCCCCUGGGUGAACGGCACCGGGCUCAGCCACUGUGAGCUGUUUAAAUACGCGUCCAACACCUCGGACUUUUCGAAACAUGUGCCCAGGGAGAGGGUCUCCUGCACCAAAGGCUGGGAGUACGCCCCUGUAGCGGGGCUCCAGAGCAACUUUGUUACUGAGUGGAACCUCGUUUGCCAUGACUACUGGAAAAUCCCUUUGCAGCAUAUCUGCUUCAUGACAGGAUGGAUUAUGGGAUACAUCUUCCUUGGUACAUUGUGUGACUGGUUGGGUCGGCGGCGGUGUUUCCUGCUCUCCAUCAGCCUGGCCAGCCUGUUCGGGGUGGCCGUGUGUUUGUCCAACAGUGCCGUGGUCUUUCUGCUGCUGCGUCUCUCUCAGGGAGCCAUGUUGGCUGGGGUGUUUGUAUCCUCGUACGUUGCCAGGUUGGAGCUGUGUGACCCUCCCCACCGUCUCAUCGUUGCCAUGGUCAGCGCCGGCUUCGCCGUGUUUGCAGAGCUGCUAUUGCCAGGCAUCGCUGUUCUGUGCCGUGAUUGGCCCAUUCUCCAGGCUGUGGCCACUUUGCCUCUGCUCCUGCUGCUUUCCUAUUGGUGCUGUGAGUCGGUUUUUCCUGAGUCUCCUCGCUGGUUGCUGGCCACAGCUCAGAUCCUCCAGGCGAAGAGGAGCCUGCAGGAAUUCUCCACCAGAAACGGUGUUUAUAUGCAAGAUGAAAUCUACCCCGGGGAAACCCUGCUGUCAGAGAUGGAUACAGCGUACGGUGAAGACUGUCAGCCAAGGUACUUUUCUGUUUUGGAGCUUCGUCGGACUCAUGUUAUCUGGAAGAACUGCCUCAUCCUCAGCUUCACGCUCUUUAUAGGAACAGGAAUCCAGUACUGUUUCACCAGAAACCUGCACAGCUAUUCCACCAACUUCUACUUCAGCUACUUCCUCCGAGCGACGACCGGAGCACUGGCCCUCGUCUUCAUCUGCUUGUCCGUUAAUCAUUUUGGUCGGCGUGGUAUGCUUCUGCUGUCUGCUAUCGUCACGGGACUGUCGUCGCUGUUGCUGCUGGCUCUCACUCAGUACCUGCAUGGUGGCCUGGUGUUGCUGCUCUCCGUCAUGGGUCUGCUGUUCUCUCAGGCUCUCGCCAUGCUCAGUGUGUUCUUCGCCUGUGAGGUGAUGCCGACUGUAGUUCGAGGUGGCUGCCUUGGCCUUGUGCUGGCGGCAGGUUGUGUUGGCAUGGCCGCUUCCUCCCUGAUGGAACUCCAGAAUAACGGCGGCUACUUCCUCCACCACGUCAUCUUCGCUUCUUUCGCUGUCCUCUCCGUCCUCUGCAUAAUGCUCUUACCUGAAAGCAAACGCAAGCCUCUCCCAGACUCCCUGAAGGAGGGCGAGAGGCAGCGCCGGCCUCCUCUCUUCCUGUCCCGGCCCGACAGGGACAGCCUGCCGUUACUGCGCACCCGGCCCCCUCUGUCAGAGUACAACCCUGAUAACUAUUCCCGCUUGGUCUCCGCCACCAGGAAGAUGUUGACUAAAGAUAAUUUGCCUUAUAGGAUCGCCGUGCCAAGUCAUUCGCCUCUGCUGUCGGACAGUGAAACACAGGGACAAGAGAGUGAGACGCUGAGAGAGGUUGUGUCUUAACUCAUCCUCCUCUGAACAGACUGAAGAGGAUUAUCCUCCCCCCUUGUUUUAGACAUACCUCUGCAGACAUUUUGCCAUCAUCCAAUAAUUUAACUUAUUGUCCAUGUGCUCAUGACUCAGCUGAAGGACUGACCUCAGCUUGAGUACAGUUCUCUUUAAGCCAAUGGCUCCAAGUCUGUUACCUUUCAGGGAGAGAUCAGUCUUUUCUUGUCAUAUUUUACGCUCUAAGCCGUUACUGUACUGUAGCAUUUUCUUAUGUGAAUUCAAGUGACACACUGAAAAAACAGUUUUUUUCGUCUUCCAAACCUUUGCGAGUUGUCCCGUAUGAACAUUUUUGUGUUAUGUUUGUCUUUUGUGUGGCAUAUUUUUUUUAAAAAAUGAUUGCAGUCUUCAUGCCUGCUGCUCUCCUCCGCGUGGAACUGGAAAUUGUCAGACUCCAGUUUCACCAGCCUCUGUCGAUCAUGUGAGCGGCAGCACUUUGUCCAUUUAUCAGUAUCUCAUGCACUUUUCAUUAAGUCUGUCCAUCUGACACCAGCAGUGUCUCAGUGCUGAGAGGACACCAGAGGGCGCUAAACGAUGCACUAGUCAUUGGAUAUGAUGAUGGAUUGGAUUCUGGCAUUUUUAAUCGAAAUGUUUCACUCAGAAGUGUGGCUGAAUACUUAAUCGAAAUUUAAUUGAAAUCGCAGUUUGGCCAAGUGCAAUAUUCAAAUCGCAAGAGCUGCAGUUUAUUUAUCGAGGUAAAAUGUGUCACAACAUAGAACCAGCCACAUGAUAGUGAAUUUGUAGCUGACCAGUUUGUUUACUCUUUAAAACACUUUGUUAGGUUGCAAUUUAUAAUUAUAAUUAAACCAAUGCAGCUGACAGACAAACUGUUAAACACCCUUAGUCUAGCAAAGACUAUGAGUUUUGUUAUUUUAGUUAUUUUAGUUAUGACCCUAACCCUAACCCUUAACUGUGAUUUCAAGGCUCCCGACAGGACCAACCUUAACUGGAAGGCGGAUAAUCGGAUAUUUCUCACGAUGACUGCCUGAUAUCCUGAUAUCCUGUUUUGAUGUUUGUUUUUUUUUUUGUUAACUAUUUAUUAUUUAAUGUUAAACAGUGAGAACGUUCUGCCUGUUGGAUCUUGGCACUUUGGAUGAAAGGAUGCUAAACUUUUCAAGGUGUGCAUGUGAGAAAAACACAAAUGAAAUGGCCUUCAGGAGAUGCUGUUGUGUAAUAAUCCAUUCAUAAUUUCACCUUCAGCGACCAAGCAAAGGUGCUUUUGUAUUGACUGAAGGUCCUACAGAUGAUCUGAAGAACGCUUGUUGCCAUUUUUUGGUGUUGAAACUCUCUUAGACUGCGUGUUUACCUUUCUGUGUCCUUGUCAAAUGCAAACCUUAGUAGCUAAAAAAAUAUUGACUUUUUCAUUAUCUCUGUUAUUGUGCCACCACUUCAGAGUUAAAUCAUGUCACAUUUUUCUACUAAAAAGUAAAUUAAAUUCCAAUUAGGGAAUGUUUUGCAUGUUCUAGGUGUUACACUGUCAGAACACUAGAUGGAGCUGUUCUCAUAGAAAUAUGGACACGUACCAUAUUGUCUUGUGAAAAUGUGAAUAUACUGAUAUCUGAGUGUG